UUUGUUUGGUUCCAAUGCCAUUCACGCCAGCCAAGGUCGUGUACCAGCCGGACGACGACUUUUUCGCGGAUGGCAACCUAAUGUGCUAUGGAGAAUCCCAGCAAGAGAUUGGUCAAGGCGAGUCGUCCAACAGCGUCACAACGACGUCCGCCUUCGUCGAUGCCACAGCCAUUAGUAUUGCCAACCCAGUGGUUGCUACCCACCGCCCAGUGCCUGUUCAAGACCUGGUCGAGCAGUUGUUGUCCAAUGGACACACUGCUGAUGACGACGACGACGACGACGACGACGACGACGAUAACAGGCAGAUCGACGCAGAUCCUCGUGUUGAUACUGCUCAUGCUUCGAGUCUCCAAUGCCAAGUCCCAGGAUGCUCCUAUCUCGCUCCUAACAUUGGCCUGUACGAGUCGCAUUAUGCAGCCAUACACCGCCACUCGUGUCGCGUCUGCGGCCGUGUCCUGCCGACCGAUAGGCUUCUGUCGCUGCACUUGCUCGAACUCCACGACUCGAUGUUUGCCGUCAUGGCUGAGCGUCAACCCAUGUUUGAAUGCCUCGUGGAGGGCUGUGGCAUCAAGUUCAUCAAUCCCGACGAACGUCAUGUGCAUUUGGUUGAGAUUCAUCGCUAUCCUGCCACGUUUGACUUUAGUGUUGCACGACGUGGGAAACGAAAACCCCACCAGCAGCAGCAGCAGCAGCCUUCCGCGGAAUCACCCUCGGACGCUUCUGCGCGAUCUCGCAUCCCAACUUCCAUUGUCUUUGGACGUGGUGGUCGCAUGUUCUCCGCAUCGGCAAUGAAAGCCGCAAACAGUCGAAGCGAGCAGCGCGAGACAUCAAAGAAAUCCAACGCGAGUCGAGAUAGCAAGCACGAUGUUCGGCGCCAGCUCAUGACACCGGCCUCUGAUGCUUCUGCCACAGAGCUGCCCAAGCUCAAUCGUCGUGCUCGACGAGAACUGGCGCGUCUUCAGGAACAGCAGCAAACAGCGCAAGAAGCUGUGGCGUCAGACGCGUCUCCCACGGACAUGCAAGCGUGAAAAACAAUCUUUUUGAACCCUCUCAACUCUCUGAGACACAAACCCCCCCCCCCAUCGUUAAUAGCCACCUCCCUUCCAUUCUCGAACGCACACAUCCAGAAAAGACUUUGUGACCUCGAGCAUGAACCCGAUUCUAGUUAACACCGUUUGUAAUGCACGCAGAAAACAAACACAAACAAAAUACACGUUAAGACUCGUCC